UGGAACCACCAGCUCGUGACGUGACACGUAAGCCCACCUCCGGGCAACGGGCAGAGGAUCCAUUCUCUAUUAUCAAACGCCGUCGCCGAAACUCACGGAGAAACGAUCAUCCGCUAUUCCCGAAAGUACCGAACCUAAAGCCUCGUUAGGUUCGGACUUAGGCUCGGUUCUAAAAGUGAAGUCGAGAAAGCCCAGCGAAAGCGAAAAUAGAUGGCGUAGAGAAGGGAUAGACUAGAGGACCAGACCAGAGGAAAGGAGAGACGGACGUUUGGGAUCGGUAGAGAAAAAGAUGGGUAAGACAAAGAUCACGAGGAAGAAGAAGGGAAGGCCAUCGAAGGCCGAUCUUGGCCGCCUUUCCGGCAACCGGAAGAGCUUGUCGGAGAAGACUCCCGAAUCUGAGCUCCGCCGUAGUCUCCGACGCCGGAACCCCACCUACCAUGACGACUUCUAUGAGGACGAUGAAGAGGAUGACGAUGAGGAUGAGAGGAGAGAGAAGAAGCUGAAGUUAGUACUGAAGCUUCCACACAAAGCGGAUUUUGGCGGCGGUGGUGGUAGGGGUGGUGUUGGUGUUGACUCUUCGCCCAGCCAAACUCGGACAGAGGGAAACGUGGCCCACGCAUCUACUGCUGCUGUGUCUGCCUCCUCCUCGGAAUGCGGAGAUGCUAAUAAGCCGUUCAAGAAACGCAAGAUCGAUGGUAACGAUGGGGUUUACGAUGACGGUGAAUGCGAGGAUGGCGAUUUUGAUGAAGAAGAUGAUGCGCGUUCCAUUGGAUCUGAUCAUCGGAAGAAGGAACGAAGGCGAAAUUCGGAUAUCAAAGGAAUGGACUCUGCUCCGGGCACACCUUCUGGUUCCUCAGCGUCCCUCCCGUUACCAGAUAAGAAAUCGUUGGAGUUGAUUCUAGAUAAGCUUCAGAAAAAAGACACUUAUGGUGUUUAUGCGGAACCUGUUGAUCCCGAAGAGCUUCCAGAUUAUCAUGACGUGAUUGACCAUCCAAUGGACUUCAGCACCCUAAGGAAAAAGCUGGCUAAUGGGGACUACUCUACCUUGGAACAAUUUGAGAGUGAUGUUUUUCUGAUUUGCACAAAUGCAAUGCAAUAUAAUGCUCCUGAAACCAUAUACUUUAAACAGGCACGUUCCAUACAAGAACUAGCAAAAAAUAAAUUCCAGAGAUUAAGGAUUGGCAUUGAACGUGCUGAGAAAGAGCUCAAGUCGGAGCAGAAAACCAAAUCCAAUUCUGCAGUGAAGAAACCAAUAAAGAAGCCCACUUGCAGGACAGUGCAGGAGCCUGUUGGCUCUGAUUUCUCCUCAGGUGCCACUCUUGCUACAACGGGAGAUACCGGUACCUGGUCAAAUGUGAUACAGGCUGGUGGUUGUGAGAGGUCUAACAAUACUGAUGGACCUGUAGAUGGAAAUUGUUCCCUGAUUGAUAAUAAACCAGAAAAGACAGAGGAACAACUUUCAGGGAAGGCGCUCCCAACUAAAUUUGGAAGGAAGCCAUUUGUAAUUGAUGAAAACCGUCGUACAACUUAUAAUUUAUCCAAUCAACCUGUGGUCAGAAUGGAUUCAACCUUAAUGACUUUUGAAGGCGAAAGCAAGCAGCUGCUUGGAGUCGGGCUUCAUGCAGAUCAUUCCUAUGCAAGAAGCCUGGCUCGUUUUGCUGCUACUCUUGGAUCUGUUGCUUGGAAAGUCGCCUCCCGGAAAAUUGAGCAGUCCCUGCCUGCAGGGAUGAAAUUUGGCCGUGGCUGGGUUGGAGAAUAUGAACCACUUCCAACCCCAGUAUUAAUGCUUGACAGAAAUACGCAGAAAGAACUGGAUCGUGCUACAAAUUUGAACUGUGCUUCUGAUUCAAGGAAGGAGGAGAAAGCAGAGGGUUUUAAAGCUGUGCAAGACGUUGCUAACCUGGGUUUCGAAACUCAGAAUUCAUCAGAGAUGUCUGCUUCUAGUAAGACCACAGAACAUGCAAAGGUGAGUUCUGUUAGUAGGCCUACUUUAGAUGGGAAAUUGGUCAGUGUUUCUGGGACAAGACCAAUCAUUGGUGCUACAUGUCAACGGCAGAAACCAGUACCCACAGCGAAGUCUGAUACUAAUGUCUUUAAGAAAGCUGAAUUGAAUAGCUCUUCUGCUAGUGGGAACCCCUGUGAGAUUGCUCCACAAAUGCAAUUUGAUUAUGGUUCAGAAAUGACUACUCCGAGGUUGCUGGAUAUGGUUUCCAGGCACAGAAAUCUUGUGCAAUCUGUACCCCCCAAGCUGAAAGAAGCUAAUGGAGUUGCUGAUGGAGGGUUGCCUGCUGGUAAAGCUAUGAUUGGCAGUUUGGAUGGCAAUAAUGUGAAUGGUUCUUUCUCUGACUCUCUUUCUAGUCAGCACAGUAGGGCAGUAACAUACUUUCCCUAUGGAAAUCAGGAGAGUUAUGGUGACCCAGUUCUGUUGAUGAGAAUGCUGGCUGAGAAGACACAAAACCAGCAGAAAUCUUCAAACCAUACUUCAGUUGGUGCUCAACAGAUUAUGCCAUCCAUUCCAUCCCUAAGAAGAGAUGAUUCACAUUCUGCUGCCGUUACUGCUGCCCGCACUUGGAUGUCCAUUGGGACUGCAGAGUUAAAAUCAACAAACAACAUAGAUCCGUCCAAAAUGCAGAUUGCUGCUGCUUCUCUGUACAACCCAGCUCGAGAACACCUGUCUUUUUCACGAAUUCGAGAAGAAUCUCCUCGUUCUGGGGGACUGCAGUUACAGCAAGAGAAAAAUAAGUUCCCCCCUGAGGCUUUCCUUCCAUAUCAUGUUCGUUCUGGUGAUGAACCACGGUCUCAAAACAAUAGAAGACCAGUUAUUUUCCCUCAAGUUGCAACCACUGAUUUAUCAAGGUUUCAGGUGCAACCACCAUGGCAAGGUCUUAUGCCUCAUACUCGGCCAAAACAAAAACAGGAUAUUCUACCUCCAGACUUGAAUGUCGGAUUCCAGCCAGCAGGGUCUCCGGUGCAACAAUCAUCUGGUGUUCUGGUAGACUCCCAACAACCAGACCUGGCAUUGCAGCUCUGAGUUUGGGUAGUAUUUAUAGGAGAAAGGGGAAUGAGAACCAAGUUGAAGAGUUGCUGGCUUAUGGUGUGAGGAGCAGCUUCAUUGUUUUGUCAACAGGAAGUUUCUGUUAACAUCAGGAAGCAGUUUCUCCUAACACCUCGUGUUGCAUCAAAUGUCGAAGUUAUCAACAUCUGUAUCUAUUGUAUAUCCUUCUUUUUGGACUGAUGCCAAGGAUGGGAGAAGAAAUUCAUUUCUAAUCUUGGAUUCAAGAUCUCAAGCCAUUUUAUUCGAUUUGCUCGAGUUACCAGUGGAAGAGGUGAAAUUGAUUAUUGAGAUGAGUUGUAGGUUACGACAUUCUUCGAUUGGACAUCUGAGUAAUAUUGACAUGCAGUGGGGAGGUUAUACUCAGGAAAGCCAUUGGAUUAUGUUUUGUACAUUAUCAGAAGAUGAGUAUCAAUUGUUCAGAUUUUUAUAUGUCAUGGAUAUAUCCCUUGUCUGCUGA